CCACUCCGCCGCGAUGGGGGCCCGGCGCGCGCUGCACUUCGUCUUCAAAGUGGCGGACCGCGGCCGGACCGCGCGCUUCUACCGCGAGCUGCUGGGCAUGAGCGUUCUGAGGCAUGAGGAGUUCGAGGAGGGCUGCAAGGCCAGCUGCAACGGCCCUUAUGAUGGAAAAUGGAGCAAAACCAUGGUGGGCUAUGGGCCAGAAGACAACCACUUUGUUGCAGAGUUGACUUACAAUUAUGGUAUUGGAGAAUAUCGCCUGGGCAAUGACUUUCUGGGCAUAACACUUGUGUCCAGCCAGGCUGUGAGCAAUGCAAAGAAGAUGGGGUGGCCCCUCAAAGAAAUAACAGCUGGUGUUUUUGAAGCUGAAGCCCCAGGGGGGUACAAGUUCUACUUGGAAGACAAGGAACAAGGCAAACAAGAUCCUGUGCUGAAGGUGACCUUGGGUGUCUCUGAUCUGCAGAAGUCUGUUAACUACUGGUCUGACUUACUUGGGAUGAAAAUAUAUGAGACGGAUGAGGGAAAACAAAGGGCUUUGCUGGGCUAUGGGGACAACCAGUGUAAGCUGGAGUUGAAGUCUGUUGGAGGAGCAGUGGAUCACGGGACAGCAUUUGGGCGGAUUGCCUUCUCCUGUGCGAAAGAAGAGUUGUCAAAGAUUGAAGCACUGAUGAAAAAGGAGAAUCAGACAAUUUUAACACCUCUGGUUAGCUUGGACACACCUGGCAAAGCCACAGUGCAAGUGAUUAUUUUGGCUGAUCCUGAUGGCCAUGAAAUCUGUUUUGUGGGAGAUGAAGCGUUCAGAGAUCUGUCCAAGGUGGACCCUAACGGUGACAAACUGUUAGAUGAUGCCAUGGCGGCAGACAACAGCGACAAGUGGUUUGCUGCUCAGAAAAAGAAGAAGGCUGCUGCUUAGCUGGAGAGAAGGUCUGGGCUGCUGCCUCGUGCCUUGGUUAUCAUCUGAGAAAAUGCCAGCCCUGUAUAAUAAUGUGUUGCAUUCCCCUUUCCAGUAACAGGCUUCCAUGAUGGUUGAUUUGGUUGAUUUUAAGCUUUUGUCUCGCUGCUGCUGUCUCCUUUCAAGCAAAACUCGUGUUGUCCUUCAGAAAAAUCAGGUUCUGCAAUAAGGAGCAGGCUUCAAAAUUGGAGGCCAUCAGUGAAGAGGAACACAUCUCAUUUCUCUGCUGUUCUUCUACUUGAAAAAGAGGCUGCUAAAUUAAUUACAAUAUCCAGUUCUCUUAACUGGCUUUUGCAGCUCAGAGAAGAGAUUUUCAGGCAGCUGUGGCUGUAUCACAAGUGUCCCACGUCAGUGGCAAGGUGUUGGGAUGAAGGGAAGGGCUGUGUGUGGAGAACUGGAGCAGUUCAGCUGCCAUUUCAUAUGCUUGGUUACUGGGAACAGAGAAAUCAUCCUGCUAAACCAUGUGGACAGUCUAGUCUGGAACAAACCACGUUUAAAUUCCAACAUUUUUCCCAGGCUUUUCUCAGUGGGGUUAUUGACAUCGUGGUUUCCACCCCAAAAUGAGGAGCCUUCCACAUUCCAGGCUGGAGCCAGGGUCUUGCUUCAGGGCAUGUAGCAACGCUGUGCUGUCUG